UUUCCUGCAAAUCUCACAUCAAGAUUCCAAUUUUUCAAGAAAAUAAAAAAGGUUACAUGAGAUGAGAAAAGCUCAACUACUAACAUUGUUACUAGGAGUAUCUUUAUCAGCAUUCUUGAUAGUAGUAAUCUUCUUCAUCAUCGUCUUCUUUAGAAGAAAAGAAUCAUCAUCAUCGUCGUCUACAAAAUCAGAUCAAUACGACGACGUCGAAUCACUCGACCACAACAACAAACAAGGAUACUCCAUCAACUCUGAAACAGAGGAGCUAGUAACGUUUCAAGGCGGAGAAGAUCUAACGAUCUGCGAUAUACUCGAUGCUCCUGGAGAAGUCAUCGGUAAAUCAAGCUACGGUACUCUCUACAAAGCUUCUCUUCAACGAAGCGGCAAGAUUAGAGUUCUUAGGUUCCUCAGACCGGUGUGUACAGUGAGAUCGGAUUCUAAAGAGUUUAAAGGUGUCAUCGAGACGCUUGGUUCUGUUCGGCAUGAGAAUUUGGUUCCUUUGUUAGGUUUCUAUGGUGGUAACAGAGGAGAGAAGCUUAUGGUUCAUCCUUUCUUUGCUUCUUGGAAUCUUUCAGAGUUCAUCAGAAGUGGAGAUGAUGAAUCUAAAAAAUGGAUCAAUAUUUUAAGCAUAAGCAUUGGAAUAUCUAAAGCUCUUGAUUAUCUCCACACAGGAAUGCAGAAACCAAUAGUCCACGGCAAUCUGAAAACCAAGAACGUUCUUCUGAGUCCGAGUUUCGAACCUCGAAUCUCUGAUUUCGGUUUGCAUUUGCUUUUGAACCUAGCUGCAGGACAAGAGAUUCUUGAUGUUUCUGCUGCUGAGGGAUACAAAGCUCCUGAGUUGAUAAAGAUGAAGGAAGUGAGCAAAGAGAGUGAUGUGUAUAGUCUCGGUGUGAUCAUGCUUGAGCUAGUCUCUGGUAAAGAACCUAUAAACGAGAAUCCAACUGGCGACGAUGAGUUCUAUCUUCCUGAUUUCAUGAGGAAUGCUGUUCUUGAUCAUAGGUUGUCUGAUUUAUACCGUCCUGAGAUUCUUAAGAGUGAUGAUAAUCUGAGUGAAGAAUGUGUCCUCAAGUAUUUUCAGCUUGCAAUGUCUUGUUGCUCUCCAUCGCCUUCUCUUAGGCCAAACAUCAAGCAAGUCUUGAGUAAACUAGAAGAGAUUAGGAAAUCUUAGAAGAAUGUGUCCUCUCAAGUAGUUUCUG